AUGGAGUAUAUGUCCGCUUUGCAGAACGACUUCGACGAUUUCAAGCCGUCACUGUUCGAGAUCCUCUCAGAACAACAACUCUCAGCUCUCCUCCCCCCAUCUCUCCGCUAUAUUCUUGCCGUCGCCACCCACCGGCACCCACGCUACCUCCUCCGCGCCCUCAACUCUUUUGACGAACUAUACGCCCUACUCUCCCUCCUCGUAGAGCGCUACUACCUCCGUACUUUCGGCGGCUCUUUCACUGAGAACUUCUACUCCCUGAAACGCGAACGUGUCCUCGCGACCAAGAAUGGCGAAAUCCCACGAGCGCAGCUCGGUGCAGCGGGUUCCGUGCGUGAAACACUCAAACUCCGCUCGUCGGAUAUCUGGAAAAAUCUGGCCGUGAUGGUCGGCAUUCCUUACCUAAAACGGAAACUAGAUGAAGGAUAUGAUAUCCACGUCGCUCCGCAUGCCGCGCUGGCCGCCAGCGGAGGAGGGAUUCCACGGUAUAAUCCGGACGACGGCCUCCCGCACAACCCUACCGUGCGCCAGCUGCUAAUCCACUAUUACAAAUGGUUCCUGCGGAACGUCUACCCGUCACUGAAUGCAGCAUACUACUUCGCCAUUCUAGCCUUUAACCUGGCCUAUCUGUUCGAUAACACGAAGUACUCGUCGCCAUUCCUCUGGCUCAUAGGCACGCGGAUACGAAGGCUAGGCCCCGCCGACCAUGCUGCAAUAGAGCUAGCUACGCAGCCUCCCAAGGCGAAACUGGACGCUCCUAAUGCCAGGCCCCGGGGAGCGUUGAGCUUCCUCAGGCCACAAAACAUAUACCCACAUCUCCUUGGGUCGCUAAAGAUCUUCCUCCCAACCUCCAUAUUCGCCCUGAAGUUUCUGGAGUGGUGGCACGCGAGCGAUUUCUCGCACCAACUCGCGCGCAAAGCGGCAGAGGCGCUGGACUUACCCCCCCCUGUCACCUCAGGCAUGAUAUCGCCUACGGCGGCGACUGCGGCAGCAAUAGCGGCUACCACUAAGGCACAAAUGGCGACAACGUCUGCCAGCCAAUCCACCAACAAGCCCCCAAACCCGCAAACACAUAUCCCCCAACGCCCUAAGCCGCCCAUCUCCUCCACAUCUUACCUCCCCAUAUUCACCGUGCCAUUACCAGCCGUCGACCCGACCGCAAUUGAUUCGGAUCCUGCCUCUGCGCCCAAUCAAUCCCCAUGCCCCAUUUGCCUUAGGCCUCUCAAAAACCCCGCCGUCUGCCAGACUGGUUAUGUCUUCUGCUACAGCUGCAUAUUCCGCUGGAUAAACGGGGAGCAUGAGCGGCAGAUUGACUUUAUGAAUGGUGGGGGCUCGGAGUGGGAGGAUGACGGUGGAGGGGAUGGGGAUGGGGAAGAACAUGCGGCAAACAGGGCCACUGCGGAGACGAGUGGUGCGGAUGACGAGCAAAGGAAUGAUGUGGAUAAUAGUAGGACGAGUCGGGUUGGGAAGUGGGAGAGUGGUAAGGGCAGCACAUUUUCUCAUCAAAGUAAUCGUGACUACGGUUAA